UAGUUGUAAGAGGUCACGGCCGUCACGGCGGUUAUGUUGCCUGGUAAUAGAGUCGAAUUGCAUCUUCCAGGUUAUAAGAACGCAUAAGGUUAGGAAUUUGGAACAGGUUAGAAAGUUCACUAGGUUCAUCAUAGGUUGUUUUAAAUUUGUGCUCUGGGAGGUGUUGGAAGUAGGCGGAAGGUUACUUUAGAUUUUACUGUAAAUCUAAGUGCUGAGAGUUCAUUUAUCAUAAAAAUGAAUGCACCUCCAACGUUUGAAUCAUUCCUCUUGUUUGACGGCGAAAAGAAGAUUAUCAAAGAACAAGAUACGAAGGUGCCAAAUGCUGCGAUAUUCACCAUCAACAAAGAAGAUCAUACACUGGGAAAUAUGAUUAGAAAUCAACUCUUGAAGGACCCUAAUGUACUUUUUGCUGGAUACAAGCUGCCUCAUCCACUGGAACACAAAUUCAUAUUGCGCAUUCAAACAACUAAUGACUACACACCACACGAUGCUCUCAUGAAUGCAAUAACCGAUUUGCUGGCAGAAUUGUCCCUUUUUGAAGAACGGUUCAGGGAAGCAAUUAAAGAGAAGAAAGAGGGGCUAGAUUAAGUAGACAUUAAACUCUUUGAGUGUGCUGUGGUGUGUGUUAAUUUUAGAUGUUCUUCUCAAAAUGUGACUCAUAUAACAUAACUUACAGAAACCACAUUUAUAAUAUUAAAUUUAGCCAAAUUGACAGUUGUAUU